GCCGUGCCGCACCAGGGCCGGGCCGCCAGCCUCCUGGAGAAGGCCAGGGGCGAGCUGCAGUGGGCGCUGCAGGCCCAGGCCGAGACCGGGGAGACCGUGCCGCAGGCGGCGGCGGGCAUCUACCUGUCGAUGCUCUCCGUGCAGGGCCUCCUCGCGCCAGAGGAAAAGGCCGCCUUCGACCUGGUCGCCCGCUACGUUCGCGACGCCGUCGUCAUGACGGUCGUCAAGCUGGCGGGCGGGCACGGGGACAUGGAGAGGUUCAACGCCGUGCUCAGGUCGACCUUUCCGCUGGAGCGGGUGAGCCCUGACGACAACCAGCUGCUCUACGCCCAGAUGCACAUGUCCUACCAGGUCCUCUUCAAGGGCGUGCAGCACGCCUUCGCCUCCAACGCGAAGCGCCAGGGCCGCGCGAACCGCCCCGCCCGCGCCGACCGGCACCCGCCGCACGCCGGGCCGGGAGGCGGCGCCUCGGGGACGGAGCCCGAGGCGGAGCAGGUGCCAGCGAUGGAGCCAGAUGUUCUGGAGGAGGGCACGCCGGGCGCGCGCGCGGACGAGGGCGGCGGCCCCCCGCCGCACGUCCCCCGGGGCCUGAGCUGCGAGCACGGCUGGCGCUGCGAUGUGGAGGCCCUGCUCUCGGCCGUCGCCUGCCCCGCGACGGCGGGCGCCGUCUGCAGGGGGUGCGUCAAAGAUCUGCAGGACAUCAUGGACCUCUCGCGGGAGUGGCUGGGCAACCUGUGGAGCCAGGGCCUCCCCGGCCAGCGCUUCUGCGGCCGCCUGCUCGACACGCUGUCGGGCGCGGUCCGGCGCUUCCCCAAGGACACCCAUAUGCACGCGGUGGCCAUCAAGAUUCUGGUCACCGUGUGCGAAGAUCGCGGUGACAUUCUGGGCCUACAAUUCCCAGGAGACGCGCAGCCCGAGCCCAGCAUGGAGUACGCGCUCGCCACGCGGAACGGCGUGAGGGAGGCGUGCUUCACGGCCCAGGCCGCAGACCGCUCGGACAGCAGCUUCCUGCACGAAGAAGAGCGAGUACGCUUGCUCGUCCGCACGCAGAAGCUGCCAGAUCUCCUGCGCGCCUUGGGUGAGGACUCCAACGGCAUCUAUAACAACGUGCGCCUCAGCGACCAGAACUUGCUGCUCCAGCAGGCCAAGAACGGUCUGGAUUUUCACAUCAAGCACAUUGCACUUGCGAGGGCGAUCGACACCAAGGAGCACGCUUUUCUCAGGGAGGUGCUGAAUCAGCAGCAGCGCCGCAGCUACCACACGCAAGACUGGGUCCAGGGCGGGGACUUCGGCUGUGGCAGCGAGAACACCGUGGACAGGGUGCGCAUGAGGUUCACGGUCGCUGGUCUGCUCUUCGGCUUCGAGGAGCACGAAUCCUGA